UCCAGGAGGAGUGGACAUCGCAGGCUUCUUUAACUUCUCUCCGUCCGAGCUCUCAGACAGGGAUCCCUCUCCGCUCCACAUGAGAGAAGAAGCGCUCAUCUGAUUACAUAAUGAUCCAGUGACAGUGAGCCAGAACCGGUACUUCCAGUACCAGCGUGCUGGGAGACACUCACUGACCACUGGCCUUUCUUCUUCUUCUUCUUCUUCUUCUCCGUUUCAUUUUUUCUGACUCUUGUUCUCUUUUUAAAAACUACAAUAACAAUGGCGUAGAGGGACCGCGGAAGAAAACAAUGCAAACAAUGUGAUGUCAGAGUGUGAGGUGGUUUGAAACAUGCUUGAGCUGUCAACAAGUGCGUGUAAUUCAAAACUGUGAAAUUUCUCCUUUUUUUUUUUUGUACGGUAUCUGUUUUUUUUUCUUCACAUGUCUGCUGGACAGUGAAAUUACUCAAAUCUUCAGGUUGCCAGUCUGAGGUCAAAGUGAACUUCUGUUGUCAUCAGAAAAGCACCAGCCAUGACCUCAGCCACGCCACCCUCCUCUGAGGGCUCCUCUCCUCAGAAAGUAUGCCACUCCCAGACACAGACUGACAUCACCAAGCCCCUUCUGGGCUCCACAGGAGGGACUUCAGGUACUGUUGCAGGUGCUGGAGGAAAGGAAACCGUAGGGCCCAAUGCUCUCCGAAGGAGGCGCAGAGUCCUCUCCAAAGAUGGACGAAGCAAUGUACGAAUUGAGCAUGUAAGCGGACGUGGGGCGCUGUACCUCCGGGACCUCUGGACAACUUUCUUGGACAUGCAAUGGCGCUACAAGUUCUUCCUCUUCUCUGCCACCUUUGCCGGGACCUGGUUUGUGUUUGGAGUGCUUUGGUACCUGGUGGCAAUGGUACAUGGAGAUCUUCUAGAAUUUGACCCCCCCUCCAACCAUACUCCAUGUGUAAUGGAGGUGAAGACCCUGACAGGAGCCUUCCUCUUCUCUCUGGAGUCUCAAACCACAAUUGGCUAUGGUUUCCGGUGCAUCACCGAAGAGUGUCCUAUGGCCAUUAUACUGCUCAUCUUUCAGCUGGUCAUCACCAUGGUGAUGGAGAUCUUCAUCACUGGUACCUUUCUCGCUAAGGUAGCUCGUCCCAAGAAGAGAGGCGAGACUGUCAAGUUUAGUCAACAUGCUGUUGUGUCUAAUUACGAGGGUCGGCCUUGCCUCAUGAUCCGCGUGGCCAACAUGCGCAAAAGCCUGCUGUUAGGAUGCCAGGUGACGGGGAAGUUGCUUCAGACGUCCUUGACAAAGGAGGGUGAGACGGUGCGGCUGGACCAGCGCAAUGUACCUUUCCAGGUGGAUACUUCCAGCGACAGCCCCUUCCUCAUCAUCCCCCUGACUUUCUACCAUAUCAUUGACGACAACAGCCCCCUGAGGGCCUGGGCAGCUAAAGGUGGUGGUUGGACAGACCCCGAGCUGGCCGACUUUGAACUGCUGGUGAUCAUGAGCGCCACUGUUGAGCCGACCUCCGCCACCUGUCAGGUUCGAACGUCCUACCUUCCUGAUGAGAUCCUCUGGGGCUAUGAGUUUCCCCCCGUGGUCUCCCUGUCUCCCUCAGGAAAAUACGUGGCCGAUUUUGCCUUCUUCGACAAAGUGGCCAAAACCAAAACCCCGCCCCUCUUCAAGCAGGCCCUUCCACCGAGCCCGCCAUCACAGGCGUCCCGCUACCAUGGCAAGGGCAAGGAGGAUGGAAUGGACCCGGAGAAGAUGCGCCUGGAGGAGAGCUACAGAGGGGAGGAGAAGGGGCGAGAAAGGGGUCGGAUCAGAGAUAGCAGCCCACUGAGUGUGAGAAUAAGUAAUGUGUGAAUAAGAGAAAGAGAUGAGGAGGUUGCAUAAAGCGGAUGUGAAACUGAGAUGACCAAAAGAGGAAGAACAAACUCAUGCAGAUAAACAUCUGAAUCAUACAGCACGCCUACACACUUUUUCGGUUUGUGGAGAUUAAACACCUGCCUUGUCUUUGCACAAACCACACUAUCACAAGGCCUGUUGACGACAGACACAUGAACUUUACAGGAUGCACGUUACAAAGUCAACAUUUACGAAUGAAGAACACAAUAUCAAGUCCUCCAGUGAUGCAUUUUCUAAACUUGAUUCAUUUUUCAUUGUGAAACGGACUUGAUGUACUGCAAACACUGAAAUAAAUCUUCAUCUUGUAAGGUCAGUUAUGUCUAUAUAACGAGGACAUGGUAAUAAGAAUAUUUCAACCUGAGUAUCUCAAGAAAAGUGUACUCAAUUUAAAGAAAAAUAAAUUUCUAUUGGAUCCAGGUUAAAAUAUUCUCACCACUUUGUGUUUUUUUUAACCUUUUUAUAGAAAAUAGGAAGUUUGCCAUCAACAAACCGACUUGAUAAGAUGCAUUUUGCAGUGAAGUUGAACUUUUGAUAUGGACGGUCUUCACUGAAUCAAAGUACUGUUUUCUUUCCAUUUUUAAUAACUUAAAUACCUUCAACGGUUGGUGAUGAAAAAAAAAAGGAACCAUUAUUUUUUUUAACAAAGGACUUUAAAGGAAUGUAUCAUAUUUUAUGGGCAUGAUAGUUUCUAACACUGUUACUUGUUGCACUUGGAAAUGUUGUGCUCCUCGAUAUGAAUGUCCUUUAUUGUUUAUUCGAGUAAAGUAGUUAGUUAUGUUACUAAAAGCACUUUAACUUUAAAAGAAAAGUGGCAUUUCACAUAAGGGGAAUAACUGAACUAACUUGGAUACUAAAUGCAAUGUGAUUAAAAAUAGAUCUUCAUGCUAUGUUUGCUCGGAAAUGGGUAAUUUUGUGAAUGUUAUAACACUGUUUGUAAGAACCGUUUUACAUGUCCAUGUGCAGUAUGUGUGUGUGUACCUCUGUACAGUGUGCAAAAUAUGUUUCCUACAUUUUACAUUUCCUGAUGUACGACUGAAUUUUCAACAUGCCAAUUUCUUUCUUUUUUUUCCAUGCACAAUGUUUGAAUGCACACUUUCCAGUUGUAUCCAAUUUUACAGCUGUGUGUUUUUUUUAAUGCUGUUGCUAAAGAAGUAUUUGUGGAUUCUACCAGACCAUGACUAACACAAAUGUAGAUAAUAAUGACACGUUUUGCUUUCUUACUCUAGACAGAAAUUUUAAGCAAUGCAUGAAAAUUGAAUCAAACAAAGGUACUUAUUUGCUCAAUUUCAUUAGGAUGAAAUGAAGGAAGUAUGAAAAUUGAGGAAGUGAAAAGCAUGCUAUAAAAAAAUCUGUAAUAUAUUUUGUACCAGAUGAUCUUUUUGACAUUUUUACAGAAAUGAUCUGCUGCUCCAGAUAAAGCCAAUUGAAAAUAUAAAAAAAAAAAAACAGAAAAUAUUCCAUGAUCUAUGUCUGCUGAGAGACUGUGCUUGUUCAUACUGAGAAGCCGACUGUGCCUAAUGUAUAUGGAUCAAUCAUUAAACUGGAAGCUCGUUGGUCUAACUGUUUAAUAAGCACUUUGUAAGUGGCUCAUUUAAUAAAUGUAUUAUUUACAACACUUCAA